ACGCUAGGUUACAACCUCAAAGCAAAAGAGACAUCGUGGCUCCGCCCACCACUCUCAUGCUGAGGGUGCACGAAAAAGGCUUGCGACAAUGUGAGACGACACCGAAUGUGCAGCUUUCAUGAAUCUGAUUUCAAACAGCGCUGUGAAACCGGACCACUGCCCGCACAGCUCGGUUAACGGAGGAAAAAACGGACACUAGCCUGCCUUCUAAAACAAUGAAGACAAACAUAUUUCCUAGGCCCUCCAGCUGUCCGCUCUGCUGUGUCCUGGCUUCUGACUGCUGAUUGGAGCUGGCCUGGUGUGCUUAUAGGUGUGUGAGAGAUUUUAAGGAGAUGAAGUCCAGUAUGCGUCAGUGGCGGAGGCUGCUGUUGGUGGGCAUGUUGGCAUGGGCCCUCCUCUUCCUGGCUCUGCUCUCCUACUUCCUGGAUACCCCUGUGCACAACGAGCCCCUGACCUCCGCCAGCUCCUCGCUCUCCCAGCACCCAGACACACGGCGCCUGGCCUCCAUCCAAGGCGCCUCCCACCAGCAGCACCGCUCCAUCAUGGGCUCCCAGCCCGAACCCACCUACAAUACCUUUACCACAGAAUAUCCCUACCAAGACCCUAACAAUUACCCAGACUCCGAGCCUAGCUCCUCCUCCACCACCCCUGAGCCUGGCCUGGAGCUGAGCUACGGGACCAGCCAAGAGACUGAGGGGGGCAGCCGCCAGCAGCAGGACUACCUGGACGCCCAGACCCUGGCUGCCUGGUCCUCCUCUAGCACGGAGAACGUGGGUUCCCACUCCGACCAGACAGUAACUCGAAACAGUGAGAGACCUGCCUGGACCGCUGGCCGGGGGCCCAACCGAACCACACGCCGGUCCUCACGUGAGGAUGAAGAGGAUGAGGAGGGGGUAGAGACGAACAAAAGCCACAAGAGGUGGCGGGGAAAAGAAGAGGAGGGUUUAGAGGAGGACUACUCCUCCAAGUCUGCCUCACUGGUGCAGCGACUCUGGCGGGGAAAAGUGUCCUCUGGGAUGCUGUCCCCGCGACUGCAGCGCGCCAAGCGGGACUACCUGGGUGCCAACAAGCACCAUGUAUCCUAUAAAGGAGGCCGGCGAGCUGCUCAGAGCUCCAGGGAACUACUGUGUGAGCUGAAGGACCAGGCCCGGCUGAGGACGCUGGACGGGUCUGAGCAGCCUUUCUCUUCACUGGGGUGGGCCCGCUUGGUACCGCGCCUGGCCCUGGAGCAGCUCUACAGACAAGGGGGCCAGAGAGGCUUUAGGAGCUGUGCUGUGGUGACCUCUGCUGGGGCUAUUUUGCACUCAGGCCUGGGGAAGGAGAUCGAUUCCCAUGAUGCAGUUCUGCGGUUCAACACAGCACCUACAGAGGGCUAUGAGAGGGACGUGGGGAACAAGACCACCAUCCGCAUCAUUAACUCGCAGAUCCUGGCCAAUCCUGAUCACCGCUUCAACACCAGCUCCCUGUAUAAGAACGUGACUCUGGUGGCCUGGGACCCUGCUCCGUAUGCUGUCAACCUACACAAGUGGUAUGCCAGUCCAGACUAUAACCUGUUCAGUCCGUACGUGGAGCACCGGAGGCUCCACCCCACCCAGCCCUUCUACGUCCUACACCCGAAAUAUGUGUGGCAUCUCUGGGACGUGAUCCAGGGCAACACCCAGGAGACCAUCCAGCCCAAUCCACCCUCCUCUGGGUUUAUAGGCAUCCUCCUGAUGAUGGCGCUGUGCGAAGAGGUCCAUGUGUACGAGUACAUCCCCUCGCUGCGGCAGACAGACCUGUGCCACUACCACGAGCGCUACUACGACGCUGCAUGCACCCUGGGGGCGUACCACCCGCUGCUCUAUGAGAAGAGUCUGGUGCAGCGCAUCAACACAGGCCCUGUGAGAGACCUGAAGAGGAAGGGCCGUGUCACCCUCCCCGGCUUCAACACCGUCAACUGUGAACUCUGAACUAGGAAGCCACACAUGGAACCACCAUGACUCCACACGUCUGAGGGAAAACGGUGCAAUAAGAACCCUCUGGACUCUGACCUUAGGGGGAAUCCAGAGGCAACCAUGUAGAACAAUGGAGAACCUAAGCCAUAGCCCCUCUGUGUGGGAUGGGAUCAAACUGAAGGGUACAGCCUAACUAGCCUAACUACACAAGUCAGGAUUUAUCAACAGAACCCACAUCGGUCAAAACCUUGCCUUCCUCAGAGGCAGGGUUGGGUAGGUUACAUUCUAAAUGUAAUCAACUACAGUUACUAGUUAGCUGUCUAAAAUUGUAAUCGGUAAUGUAAUUUUUGGAUUACCCAAACUCCGUAACGUAAUCUGAUUACUCUCAGUUACUUUUGGAUUACGUAGAAGAAGACAAAAAGAUCCAUCAAAUGCAUUUGGUGUGUCAUCAUAGUGGUCUUUGAUUGGUGGUCAUCAUUUGGUGUGCCAUCAUAGUGGUCUCUGACUUGUGGUCAGACUCGCUCAGGUGGAACAAACUUAACCUUGCCCCUUUUUUUCAAUGCUUAAUUGAAUGUCACUGAGAAAACAGAAAGGUAUCAUAAUGUAUUUUUUCGCAAACAUCCUUUCUAAAUUAAAAAGUAAUCCAAAAAGUAAUGAGCUAGUUUUUCAAAAGUAUCUGUAAUCUGAUGAUAAUAUUUUUGCUGGUAACGUAACUGAUUACAGUUACCAGUUGUUGUAAUCAGAUUACAUUCAAUCAGCUACUUUUCAACCCUCCUCAGAGGGUUAACAAGCCCAAGACAUGCCCAAUAUGACCACCUCUAUCUCUGCCAUUGCUGAGCCGGAAGAGAGAAGAGCUGUCUAGGGUAGCAAUAGAAAAGUGUUUUUAGAUAGAGAAACGUUUUUGAUAUAUUUGGAUGUUUUUUGCUGUUGUGAAGCGUUGUUUCUCCAGAGCUCUGGUUGCUCUUCUUUCUUAAAAGGACAGUCCACGUUUUUUUUAAUGGUGGUUGUUUGUUUUUUAAUGGUGGGUUAUGGCUCUCAUGGGGUGGUAAAUUAAUGUUUAAGAAAAUUAGCAGUGGUCCGCACUGAAUGUCUCACACACGUCCAUAUCGAACACACACUUUUGAAAAGGUACAAACUCUGCGUCCACCAGCCACAAUCCCGACAACAUGUAACACACCUGAAGUUGUAUUGGAAAUGUACCUUAAAACAAUACAUACACAACACACACCUGUACAUACAGGCACACUGGAACUACACCAAACCCUCUUCGCCUUUUAAGUAUUAUCUAACCAAGAUGGAGGUACAUUGUUUUUGAUCUACAACUGUCACAUUUUGCUGUAUUUGACAUUCCUUAAAUGUUAUUUUCUAUUCUUAUUUGUUGUUGUCAAUGAUUUUGAGUGUUGUUUGCUGCUACUGCGCUUUAUGUUACUCUCCUGUCCAAUCCCCAAGCUUGACUACACCGGACCAGUUGCCAAUAAACAGAUUGUCACACUCCCCACUUAGCACUUUAAGACUGGCUAAUGACAGGCUGCCACUUCAAGGCUGCCACUUCAAAGGCAUGUCUGGUGGGUAGUUGGGUACCAAACCCUGGAAAAAACAUUGGUUGCCCAUUCUUAGUUUUAAUCCAGUAUACCAAAUGAUGAGAGGCUAGUGGAAAGGACCUAGGGGGUAAGAGAAGGGACUUACAAAAGGUUCUCAAAACAGCUAUAACCCUGUGCCUAGUGGCCAAAAGAACACUGGGUUGCCUUUCAAAACACCCUCAGACUGAUUAUUCACAUAUGCCACCCAUUUAGCUGCAGUGUCAUUGUUGAACUUUUUGUUGCUUAUUUCAUUGUUUAAUAGCUGAGAUUUAAAGAAGCCUGCUAAUCCGCCCAUAGCUCAAACCGCCCUGUGGUCUGUUAGUGGCGAGUAGGAGAGAUCUCUAGUCAAACUCCCAUACUGUCCAGUGUCCACCCUAUGCCAAAAGGCAAUCUGUCUCUUUAAAAGCAGCUGUAGCUACUGCGCUGAUUGACCUGUCACUUUGAAUGUAAUCAAACCUCUCCUUAGGGCAUUUCUCUCUACGAGCACUACCCUGACUGUGUGCCAUUUGAUGGAGUCAAGAGAAUGAGAGUUUCAGUCUGCAGGGUUCAGUAGCUAGACUGCCUCCCAGGCAUACAGCAUAGCGUAGUCUAGUUCUACCUUGAGACUAUCGUUCAUUAUGUCUUUACCGUCGUCAUUUUGACUCAAUACUCCAAUAUUGGUCUGAAAUGACUAUUUUGCCUGAGCUUGCAGCAGCCUGCCCUGGUGCGCUGCCGGAGGACAUUUCUUAUCAUGGCAGGGAUUUCAAGCAGUAAUAUCUCCAGACUCACUUUGUGUUUUAAUGGCUUUGUUAUUUACGCUGACUCUGUGCCAGACUUGCCUACAGUACAUUUCAGCUUGUGUGUGUGUGUGUGUGUGUGUGUGUGUGUGUGUGUGUGUGUGUGUGUGUGUGUG